AUGAAUGGGCACCAAUGGGGUAUUGUGAUGAGAAACAACGAUCUGCUCAACGGCAAAUUCUUUGAAGGGGGUGAUACUGAUGAUAAAAGGGCUGUUCUGACCAACAUCCAUCGAGCCAGAUAUACCGCAUUUGCCCUCAAGGAAAGAACCAUUCCUCACUACAGCAUCACUUUCGAGGUUAGGAAACCAGUCCCUUCCCAGUUGACAAAGCCUGAAGUCAAAUUCCGUAUCCCACGUUUUCAGAUCUGCGAUAGCUCCAGCGUCGCAGUGUUUGAGACUAAGAGUUCAAUCGCUGACUCAAUGGCGUCGAAUGGGUUCAGUCAGACCACUGUCGAAGCCGCUGCAGGUGGCGGAGCAUUCGGUGUGAGCGUGGGAGUAAAAGCUGGUGCCACGACGUCUGAAUCUAGCUCUUAUGCACAGUCAUCUGCCAGCGUUGAAAGCCUUCUGCAUGUGGUUUACUUGGUCCGAUUCUACCUAAUCUGUCUAAAGGAAUGGGAUAUCUAA